GCGGCGGAGCUCGGCGACGAGGUGUCGAUGAACUACCGCGGCACGCUCGACGACGGCCACUGCUUCGACGAGGGCAAGAACUUCAAGUUCACGCUGGGCAACAAGGACGUCAUCAAGGGCUGGGACGAGGGCAUCCUCGGCAUGAAGAAAGGCGGCCGGCGCACGCUCGUCGUCCCGCCAAAGUUGGGGUACGGGGCCAAGGGGUCCAAGCCCGACAUCCCGCCGCACGCGACGCUCCACUUCGACGUGACCCUCGUAAAGAUC